CGACUCUUCCGACAUUGCGAGUUUCACGACGACAACUUACGUAGCACGCGCCUCUUGUGGUUCUGGGAAGACUCACAGGCGCCCUCGCCCACAACACCCCUCGUUUGGAUAGCCCACCCGUAGCCUUUGCAACAGCCAAACCGUUACUCUACGUUACCAUUACCCUCGCACGCGACCGCAGCCACUCUCUCGCCGCUGCCGCCCGCCGCACCCCUACCGACCCUCUCCUACCGCACAGCCACCCUCCUACACCAUGGUCGUCGCAACUAUAAAGUGUGUCGUCGUCGGCGACGGUGCCGUUGGCAAGACAUGUCUCCUCAUCAGUUACACAACCAACAAGUUCCCCUCGGAAUAUGUUCCUACCGUGUUCGACAACUACGCUGUCACUGUAAUGAUCGGUGACGAGCCGUACACAUUAGGUCUCUUCGAUACUGCCGGACAAGAAGAUUACGAUCGAUUGCGCCCGCUAUCAUACCCCCAAACCGAUGUGUUCCUCGUUUGCUUCUCCGUCACGUCACCCGCGUCGUUUGAGAACGUUCGAGAGAAAUGGUUCCCUGAGGUGCACCAUCACUGUCCUGGUGUUCCCUGCCUCAUUGUUGGUACGCAGGUGGAUUUGAGAGAAGAUGUAUCAGUCAAAGAGAAGUUGGCUAAACAGCGGAUGCAACCUGUGAGACGGGAAGAUGGCGAGAAGAUGGCCAAGGAUCUGGGCGCAGUCAAAUAUGUGGAGUGCUCUGCUUUGACGCAGUACAAGCUGAAGGAUGUUUUUGAUGAGGCUAUCGUGGCUGCACUUGAGCCUCCUACAACGAAAGAGGGAGGCAGAAAAGAGGGUAAGAGGAAGGGCAAAGUUUGCAUCAUCCUCUAGAAGGCGAAUCGCUGAUGAACCUAUAUUCCCUUCCAAUCUUUCUCAGGGCUGGCGUGAUUUUGGAUACCUUGUGGUUUGCCAGCAGCGAUGUUU